CUGCCCUUCGAUAGUCCUACAGAUGAAUAAUUUGCUACAGCUUGGAAAAUGAAACAUAGCCUCUCACAACGUAGAAGCUGUCUUUUUACGAUGAUGACCUUUAUACUGUUUCGACUGGCCUUGACACAAGGUGUUUCUCACGUCAACUUCGAGCCUAAAGAGUUUGCUUACCUCAACAUCACAAGAAUCGGCUCACAACUUGUCCAAAAGGACAUCGAGUGUGGAUUUGCCUGUUUGGAAAUCACUUCAUGUUUCUCUUACAACCUGGCUGCUUUUGCCGAUGCCAAUGGAAAACUGGCAUGUGAACUACUUCCAUCAGACAAGUAUAACAACUCAGACAAAUUCAUCUACAGCCUGACUUUCAAUCAUUUCAGUAUCCCGAACCCUUGCUCCAGCGAUCCUUGCAUGAACGGUUCAAAUUGUGUGGCCAAGUACAGCGAUGAUGAUUAUCAGUGCGCAUGCUCUCCAGGAUUUAAAGGAAAACACUGUCAAAUAAAAAUAGCUCCGGGGAAAGACUGCAAAGACAUUAAGAUGCGAGGUGAUUCUGGGGGAAAUGGUAUGUAUCAAUUGGACCCGGAUGGAGGAAGCCUUUCAAAUGCAUUCUGGGCCUACUGUGAUAUGACGUCAUACAAUGGAGGUUGGACCAUGUGUUACACUACCGAUGAAUAUGUCAAACCCAGGACCGAGGUCACAUAUAAUGCCUCUUUUCCUUAUGGAAAUGUCGGCUACAGGACCAACUGCAACAAAAUCUCUUUUACAGAGAUUAUGUUCUUGGAUCAUCAAACUUUGGCUAAAGUGUAUUUCAAGCGAAGAACCAACCAGUCUAUAACGGCCAGUUUGAAUUAUGGGAACGGUGCUUCUACUUAUGGAUUAUGGGACGGUGUGGGAGUGAGCGACGCCUACCUUUAUCAGCUACUGAUCUGUGAUACCUCAUUCUACAGUGGCUUCUUAGUUUCUGGUUAUACAAAUUGUUAUAAGCAGUGUGGUCACUGGUGUGGCGAUUAUGUCUCCCCAUACUUCCGUACUGCAUCUACCAGUUCGAGUUACUUUGGUGUGGCCUUUAACAUCAAUGGCCACCGAUCAGUCAAUAAAAGACUCAUCAGUGUCGGUCUGCGCUGAGACAUUUACGGAUUGAGUGCAUACAUAAUUUCCUUCUUAGGUGUGUCAUAUUUAAUCAUGAGCAUAACAUACUAAUCGUAUCUAGGCUUGUCCCGAUUGUGCACGGCAACUUAUGAGCAACUUUUUGUGUUUGGGGCAACUUUUUGUGGUCCUAACAACCUCGAGCAAUUAUUGCCUUAUUGCCUGAUUGCGUAAUAUAGGUUUAAGGCACAUUUCAAGCACAAAAUAGUCAACAAUUUGAUAGAAAACUUUAAUCUAUGCAAAUUUCUGAAUGUUUAUCAACACUUGACAACUUUUCUCAUGCCCGUUGCGAUUCUUAUCUGAUAUUGUAAGAUGGCAAGACGUCAAAUGAAACAUGUAUCUUGUUCCUUUAGGCAUAAGAGUAUUCUUAAAUUUCGCCCAUAUUUGCAAGCAACUCAUCACAGCUAUGUUUCAAGGUUUUUUCUUGACGAAUGUUUGCAAUUAUUGUGAAUAACGAACGUAAAGAUUCAGAUUAACGUUUUGAAUAAAAUAUCAAGAAAUUUAGGUAGCAACUUUUUGUAUGAAUUUGCAAUUUUUCAGCAACAACAAUUUGGCAUUUUAACGAGCAACUUUCCAGAAUUUAACGCGUACAAUCAAGAUAGGCCUAGUCGUAUCUCUAGAUAGCCCCGCCCCAUCACGUAAUGAUAAUGAUAAUAAUGAUAAUAACAAUGAUAAUAAGAUACAUAUUUUAAGAGGAGACCUCUAAGUAGUUUUCAGGGGCGUGUGCCGAGUACAUCUGAAGUUGGUUUGUUUCUGAUGUCCUUGCCACUGUAAUCUAAUUUCUAUCACGUAGUGAACCAAUCCUACAGAGUAACGCUAGAUUCUGCGUAUUUUUUCAAGAUAUGAAUAUGUUAGUCUGCGAAAUGAUCAGAGAUCGAGGCAUGUAGCAUAAUAUUUAUCCUCUAUAUCAAUUUAAGUAUGUUCAGAAAUGGCUUCUCCACGUUGGUUGGGCUUGUAAUGUCAGCCAAACUUUAAGUGAUCCUACGUUUAGGAUGCAUUAAUUUGCGACUAAAAAGUCUUGAAGUCCAUGAUAAACGGCGCAUCAGCGUUGGCUCACGAUAAAAGACAGCUUUAGCUUUAAACUUGUAACUGCAUGGUAAUUGAAUAUAUAUUACCAACACACGCCAAAAUUUGUCCAUCCUACACCUAUGCGCAGAUUGUAUAAAUGUGGUGGAAUCUGUGUCGCAAUACAAUAGAGAAAGAAGUAGAAGUAGGACUUCAAGCAAUUUACAUGUUGAUUUAGUAAAAUCUGUGUCACUAUAAAAUAAAGGAAGUAUUCGUAGUAGUAGUUGUAGAGGCAAUCUACGUGUAACAUCCCUCUGUCAUUAACCAACCAAGGUAACAAGAAAAGACAGAGGGCUUCAUCUUAAUAUGACGCCACACUCUCUUGAGAGAAUAUUUCACAUAUAUUAAUGUAAAGAGUGAUUUUUGUGUUGUUGUAAUUUUAUAAACGCAACAUUUUGUAGCUUGUUUUCAAUAUAUAAACCAUUGAAAAAAAUAGUUAAGCAUGUGGAAUGAUUACGAACAACAAGAUUUGUUUAGAAAGAAAGUAGAAGGAUUAUGUAUUUUUAAUGCUACGCAUACGUACGUUCAUUGGCUUAGCAAAGCAGUAAACAGAGAAACCGAGGUAAACAGUUGACAUUUUCUGUUGGCAUCAAGCCUCUGUCUAAAGGGGAAAACUGAGAUGACAGGUUAUAAAAAAAAUGACUAAUCAUGUCUUAACAAUGUUGUAAUCAGUUUGUUUACAGUUUUUUUCAAGUAACAUCUCAGUCCCUUAUGAACAGUCUUGAUUGUAACUUUCUGUGCCUGCAGUAAAUCGAAAACGAGUUCGUAAACAUCCAUUUGUAUUAUGAAUGACUCGUUCAAUUCAGCUGAUAAUCGCGCAGCUUCAUUUGUUGGACGAAAUUGCCAAUCCGCGUAACGAGAGGUUAUUAAAUUCUUGUCUUAAAUCAUUCUCUGAUUGGCUCCCGCGUUCAAUGUCGUUGUCAGGUGCAGAUAUUCAAGUCAAUAUGUAAUUGGCUUCCUAGGGUAAGAAAAGUUGUUAUUGUUUACGUAGUAAGGACGGUGACUGUUAUAUGGCUAAAUAAAUAUAAUCAGAGAUGCAUUUCGAACUCGUCCUAAAACAAUGGCAACAAAAGAUGUGUUAAUGGUUGUUAGUGGUGU